AUGAUGAUGAGGUGGAUCCAGAAAGCGGAGACCAAAGAAACCCGUCUAUCAUCACAUUUUACAACUCGACAAAAAAGUGGAGUUGAUGUAGUUGAUAAACUUGCGAGAACAUACGAUGUCUCCCGCAACUGUAAGCGCUGGCCUCUUACCGUAUUUUUUUCCAUGUUGAACCAUGCUGGUAUAAAUGGUUUUAUUGUGUAUAUGCUGAAUAAUGGCAUUGAAAGGAACAAAACCAAUCUAAGGAAGAACUUUAUCAAGCGAUUGGGACUUUCUUUAAUCGAAGAGCACCUCAGGAAAAGAAAGGAUAAUCCACAUAUACCACGAGAAAUAAGAAGACGUGUGUGUGAAAUGCUGAAUGAAGAAGCUCCAGCACCACCACAAAAGCAACCAAGAAGGUCUCAGCGAUGUUCUUUCUGUCCAAGAAACAAAGAUAGGAAGACUCUGAACGGAUGUUUCAAAUGUAAUGUCGCGAUAUGCAAGGAACAUGCGAAUUUGAUGUGUCAAAAUUGUACUGAUUUACAUGACGAAUGA